AUGAAACCCCCACGAAAAAAAAUCGAUAAUGCUGAUCAAAGUGUGGCUGAAAAACUGGAAAUUGAUUCGAUGAGCGCUGAAGAUCGAGGAUUUUGUAAGGCUUUGAUUUUAUGCUGUGCACACGCUUCGCUGAUUGGCGGAACUGCGAUUAUUACGUCGACUGGACCAAAUUUGGUUUUUAGGGAGAAUAUUCAGAAUCGAUAUCCGGAUGGACAGAUUACGAUGACGUAUUUGGGUGAGGAGAGAUGCCACGUGGAAUUAUUCAGUUUGAAAUUUUUUACAGAAUGGAUGGUAUUCGCAUUUCCUCCAAUGAUUCUCUAUCUUUCCUCUUCAUAUCUAAUUCUAACAUGCUAUUUCAUGGGUCCAAAAACCUUGAUUAGAUGGUUCAAAAAAGAAAAUGCGGAAAAAUUGCAAAUCAACAGAAAUGUCGAGAAAAAUAUUCGACAAAUGUAUGAGGAUUUGGGUGAAAUUAGUUUUGGAGAAAUGUCUGUCGGAUGCUUUUUUGUGAUUUUGAUUGGAUCGUGGAUUUCGAGAGAUCCUGGAUUCACGAGUGGUUGGGCUGAUUUGUUGGAACAUCGCAAGUAAGGGUACAUUGAAAAAUCUCAAUUUUUUCCACAAUUAAAUUUUUUUUCAACCAAUUUUGAAACAGUAAAAAAACGUGGGGAUUUUUUUUUUAAUUAUAAGAUUCACGUGGCAUUUUGGAUCAUAAUUAAUUUAUCUAAUCACCCAAUUAGAGCUCAAUUAUUUUCAGUUACCUAACAGACAGUGCAAUCGGAAUUCUAAUCGCCGCAAUUCUAUUUGUGUGGCCGAAAAAUCUCGAAAACCUAUCGCAACCAAUUUUGGAAUGGUCCGACAUGAAAUCCAAAUAUUCGUGGUCGUGCACACUUUUAAUCGGAGCCGGUUAUGCGAUUUCUGAAGGUGUUUUCAAAUCCGGAUUGGCGCGUAUGAUUUCAUGCGGAAUGAAGAGCAUAUUUUUGAAUUUGUCGCCUUUGCCACUACAAGGUUUGCUAGGGGUGAUUUUUUGAGCUAAAAUUCGACAAUUUUUUUAGGUAGCUUAUUUUUUUAUUUAAAAAAAACAUACUGUUUCAAAAAAAUCUGAAGACACUUACUUGGUUGAUAAUUUCUAAUAAUUCAUUUUGAUUAAACAAAAAAAUUGCCACGUGGAUCUCUGAUCUUUGAAAAUUCAAAAUUAUUUUUCCCAGUCUGCGUCACCGUAACAAUUGUAAUAAUGACGGAAUUUGCAAGCAACGUUUCAACCGGAAGUAUUUUUAUACCGAUUUCUCUAGGAGUUGUAAGUUGUUUGUUAAAACAUCUAGGAUUUACAACUGGAAUCAGUGUCCCGAAAAUACCACAUUUGCAGGCCGAAUCAAUGGGUGUUCAUCCACUUUAUCUAAGUCUUCCAACUACAGUAGCCUGUAGUUUUGCAUUUAUGCUUCCGAUUUCGACGCCACCAAAUGCUAUUGUUUAUGAUACACGGGUUAUUUCAAUGAUUGAUAUGGUAGGAUUGAUUUAUGCCACGUGGCACUAAAUUUCAAAUUUUUCAGAUAGCUUGCGGUUUCCUUCUUAAUAUUGCUUGUAUUUUGAUAACUACACUGAAUAUGAAUUCUUGGACAUAUUUAGUAUUUGGAUUGACCAAUUUUCCAGAAAACUUGGAACUUGGAUCUUCGAAUUCGACUUUAUUGUCAUGCUAA